UAAAUCAUUCACAUCAGUUGCAAAUGCAGAACCACCUGUGUAUACUGAUGUUGAUAUUGCAAAACUAGAAUGUUGUGGGCAUGUGCAGAAGAGAAUGGGACGACACCUUACAAAUAAAGUCAAUGAACUAAAGAAGGAGACAUUUAUGCACAAUGGCAAGAGUGUUCGAGGAAUUGGUGGGAGGGGUUGUCUCACGAAAAAUUCAAUCCUAAAGAUUCAAGGACACUACGGUGCUGCUAUUCGAAGAAACACCAACAAUGUGCCUCAGAUGCGAAGAGAAAUCUGGGCCAUAUGGCAGCACAGAAACCGUGACCAUAUCAACUGUGGAGAUUGGUGCCCUUCCAAGAAUCAGCCUGCAGCAGAUCCUGACAGAAAUGCUUUCCCUCCCUAUGUGUGUGAGGCCAUCAGACCUGUCUUUGAAACACUCACCAGUGAAACCUUACUGUCAAAGUGUGCUCAUGGAGGGACACAAAAUACAAAUGAGAGUUUUCAUAAUUCCAUUUGGCAGAGAUGCCCAAAGACUGGUUUUGUUGGAAGGCCAAGACUAACUCUUGCAGUUUAUGAUGCUACUGUGGUUUUUAAUGAUGGUGAGAGGGGUAGGAUACCUACAUUUGAGAAUCUAGGAAUGCCUAGUGGACUCUAUACCAGACUUUGUUUCAGUGAGCUGGAUCGAACAAGAAUAAACUCAGCAGCUACAAAAUUAUCACCGAGUGUACGGCAAGCGAGGAGAAUAGUGUCUGUCAUGCAUGACAAAGACAAAGAGGAUUUUUACCUUGCUGGUGCCCACGAGUAG